AUGGCGCAUGUGGAAGAAUAUAGUGCGUCGCGGUUGAAAAGACUACUGGACGAGAACAUGGACGGAUGUGGGAGCAGGCCCAGAGGUAAAAGCCGGCUAGCCAAGGCGCUGCGAAUGAACAAAAGUGGAUCGCAAGGAUUGGUGGGCUCGGUGUCGCCGAAUAACGCCCCGUUGAGUGUGACUCCUUCGAUGAGCUCGGUGCUGUCGCAAGUGAAGUCCUAUCGCAGUGCUAGAACCGGAAGCUCUGGCGAUAGUUUUGCGUGUGGCAGUGGUAGCUACGGCAGCAGUUCGGGCAGCAGGAGCUCUUGGGAAUGGAAUUACGAGCUUUCGGCAAGCGUUCCGCUGAUACGGCAGGACUCUUUGGACGAUUGGCCUCCCAGCAGCUCCUCGUCGCCGGCGCCGUCGCUUCCGAUGCAAGAGCAUCCGCUUGGCGACCCGUUGCAGUACUGCGACCCGCUCGAUGACACGCAAGCCAAGUUAGCUAGCGAGCCCAGACUGCGGCUGGUCAAUCCACAAGACCUGGAUCUCGCCGAAGAGUACAUGGUCAGCGACAUUCUGCAGCUAUACCAACCCGUGUACCAGCGGGCAAAAGUCAAUUACAUCCAUAAGCAACAGCCCACAUCAGGGCCUCGUCGCACCUCCGUAGAUCUGACCAUCGACACCAAAACCAACGUAGGCACAGCACAGGUGUUGGAUACCAACGCCACAACCAGCGGGAACCGCAUACGGUCCUCGGUGAUGCUGUGCGACUCGGAGCAAGUAGAGCUCGAGAACUGGCCCAGACAGCAGUCCCACGAGCUGCACGCACAACCAAAACCUGCUCCUCCUACUCCUGUCGAAGCUGCACCCAACACAACUACAUCGGCUCCAAACCGCCGCAUACGACAGCAAACGUUCAACCCGAACUUCCUCAAGCUCUACGCCAUGGAGACCACCUCGAAAGCACGCAACCUGAUACCGGACCUCAACGUGGACGAACAAGUGCUGCGCAAACUCGAUUUCAAAGAUAUCUGGAAUCUCGAGAUUCCUGCGGCCUCGCAAACCCACAACGUUAGUGCCCACGGUAUCAAGCUCGCACUCAUCACCCGCAAGAAACUGUGGUCGGAGAUGAUGUGCGAGCCCCGUCUCGAUCUUCACGGCGACAAUGCGCCUUGGAAUUUAAAGUUCAUCGUGUCGCCUACAGAUCUGCACGAUUCGGGGCCCGUGGCGCCAUCUCUGGUCCGGGUGAACUCAGCACUCAAGCCCUGGACAAGUCUUUCCUCCAAAAUGAUGCUAAGACCCUCAGGUAAACUACAACUCGCGCGCGCCCGUCCUGGAGUCCCCACCCGUGAGCUACAAUACGUGGUGAAAGGUUGGUGCGACUCCAGAUUCACCGGUGAAUAA